AACGUUAAUAAGAGUGAUACUAAACUGUCUUUGUCAAUGUCAUUUGAUAAAGAUUAAACGAUUUAUCAUUUUAAAUUAAUGUUAAUUAAUACAAAUCAAACCCUCUUAGAUCAUUGUAAUGUGUUUUAUUUGUUUGUGUUAACAAAACAGCAACAACUUCAGCAACAAACCUAGCUAGAAAAAUAACAUGUGAUUUAUUUAAAAGACGAGAAAUUCUUGACCAAUCAUACGUGGCAAUGAUUCACGUAUUGAUAUAUUAAAAUGUAAGUCUGCAGUUUCGAUACUGCCUUUACUCUUCCUUCGACUUCGACGAUGAUGUUUUUUUUGACGCUCUCAGUCAAAUCAGGAAACUGUUGCGCUCCAGAUCACAGCGCUUUCUCAGAAAUUCAUUUUAGUUUUUGCUUGACUGGAGACAUUUAAUAAACAGUAAUUUUCAAAUGGCUUUGCGAAAACCCUUCAUUACAGUCCGCGAGCAAAGUUCAUGUGCGGUAAGAAUCUUUGCUGGUUCAUUACGAUACAGAUAUUCAGAAAACAUGUAAAGAAAGGUGUGUAUCCAGUCAUAUCUCUCUAUAUUUAUGUUUUCUUUCCGUGCUUCGAUUCACUAUAGCUGCUGUACAAGCUGAUAUUGUUAAAGACAAUUUACAGACUAAAGAUGUACAACAGCAGCAACUCAGUGAAAACAACAACAAUGACGACGACGAAGAAGAAGAAGGUAUUCAUGAAUCUCAAAUAAAUCAUCAACAACAAAUACAACAAAAUCAAGAUAAUGAUGAAGAUGACAGCAGCAGCAGCUCAGAGGAGAGGGAGGAGAACAACGAGUUAACACAAACAAAAUAUACAAAUCAACCAGAAAGUGGUGAUAAAGUCAAGCAAAGAUUAGAUCCUGUAUUUCAUGAUGUUUUAUCCAAAAUAAUCGAGGAUCUGGCAGACCCUGAACUUCUUCGUAGAAGUUUACGUGGGCUGACUCAGAAUUCGAAUGAGUCUCCGAAUUCCGCGAUAUGGCCUAUUUUGUCUAAAUCAAAAAAUCAUAGCUUUAUUAGUGUUAGGGGUGCAGCAGCUGAGGCAGUUAUCAUUUUCAAUCGUGGUCCUGUUGAUCUGUUACCAUUUUUCGAUACAUUAGGAUUAAGUGUCAAUUAUUCAUUAUUGGACAGUUCAUUAGCAAAAGAUUCAAAACGUCUUGCUAAGGUCAAGUCUGUAGUAGCAAAACGAGAGACAGUAAUUGAACGGAAAAAACAAGCUCGUUCAAAAUCACUGACAGUUGAACAUGAUAUUUCUUAA